GUUUCUGUAGAGCAUGGGGAGUCGCAAGAAUGGGAAGUCUGUUCUCAUGUGUUCUCUACUGAUAUGGUUGGUUUCUCAGCAGGUGACAGUCACUCCAGCCAUGAGUAGGAGCGUUGAUAGUGGUUUAGCUGAGGAGAAGAACUACUCCACUACGGAAUCACCUGAAGCUUCACAUGGCACCCCACACACGACGCCAUCGCAUGGAGGCAGAAGCGGUAGUGGUGUGCCGUCUCAGAGUGCACCAUUGACACCACCUUCUGCUCCAGUGAUCACCAACCCUCCAUCUCCUACACUCGUCCCGCCUGCUCCAACAAAUCCCAACUCCUCACCGUUCAGCUGCGACUACUGGAGAGCACACCCUGAAGCAAUAUUGGCUUUGUUGGGGUACUGGUGCACCUUGGGCGAAUUCUUCGGUUUGCCUGCGGUUUCAGCUUUCGGGAGGGACCCCAGUUUGUUGGAGGCAUUGUCGAACACCCGCUCUGACGGGAUUGGAGCUCUGUACCGGGAAGGGACGGCGUCGCUCCUCAACUCAUUGGUGAACAGGAACUUUGCCUUGACCACCCAGAAAGUCAGGGAAGAGUUCAACGCUGCGGUUAUCUCCGAUAAGGCAGCUGCAACCCAAGCACAGCUCUUCAAGAAGGCCAAUGAGGGCCACCUCAAGCACCAUUAGGUUGUAUCAAUGUGCUUCUCUCCUUUGUCUUUCUGCAGAGUACCUUUGCUUUUUGUUGUUGCUCAUGUUCUUCAGGUUUCUGUGUCAUGUUUGUGCUUCCCACCUGGUGAUGUAGGAACUCUACUUUGAGCUAGCUUAUCGGUAAUGCACAUUGUCUCGUUGAAGAA